UUGGGGGAGGUAAAAACCGUCCCCGCCCCGCCCCGUUGCCAUGCCUACUUCUAAUGCAUUAUUACCAACCAUGAAGUUUACAAGUAACAUGAAACUCACAUCCUGGAAAACUCCUUCUGAUCCGUCGACCGGAAGCUUCUCUCUCAGUAUCGAACGGUUGAAGAUUCCAGAAGUUUUCAUUCGGAACGGAUCUCGGCCGUACUGGCGAAGUGGUCCGUGGAAUAAUCAAAUCUUUAUAGGGAUACAAAACAUGGAAAGUCUUUAUCUUAACGGUUUUCAUUUUGAGAAAGACAGUACGAGUGGAACCGUUGAUUUGUAUUUCAGAGCAGACGACUUCGGACUCUUGAUCUAUGCCUUGAAUCCGCAAGGUCAAAUGCACGAAAACUCAUGGAGUAUUGAGAAAGAGGAAUGGAUAGAUACAUGGACUAGUUAUAGAUCAGAUUGCGAUGUUUAUGGAUUUUGCGGUCCAUACGGAAUUUGUAAUUCAAAAGGGUCACCAAUUUGUAGCUGUUUGGAAGGGUUUGAAGCAAGAAACAAACAAGAGUGGAAUCAAAAAAAUUGGACUAAUGGAUGUGUUAGAAAGAAACUUCUACAGUGUGAAGAUGCCAACAAUCAAAGCAAGAGUUCACAUGGUAAUGAAGCAGAUAGUUUUUUGAAAUUGAGUACGGUAAAAGUACCCGAUUUUGCAGAAUUGUCAUCUAAUGAACAGGAUGAAUGCAAAAAUCAGUGUUUGACGAAUUGCUCUUGUACUGCAUAUUCGUACGUGGCUGAUAUCGGUUGUAUGUCUUGGAAUGGAAAUCUAAUUGAUAUACAACAAUUCCAAACCGGAGGGACUGAUCUAUACAUUCGUGUACCCUAUGUCGAACUUGAUAUAUCAGAUAAAGAGCAUAAAGGAACAAUCAUCAUUGCAGUUUCAGUUUCGAUAGGAAUUAUCAUUAUUGUGAUUGUGGCGUAUUUCAUUUGGAUAAAGGCUUCAAAACCAGCGAGGAUAAAAAAGCAGCAUAGGAUUUUUCAUUUCCACAAAAUCGUAAAACCUGAAGAACACACAAAUGAAAAUGUUAUUGGUGAAUUGUCGCAAGCUAAGCUACAAGAGCUACUGCUAUUUAAUUUUGAAAAGCUUGCAUCUGCUACAAACAACUUUCAUUCAUCCAAUAAACUUGGACAAGGAGGUUUUGGUCCUGUGUACAAGGGAAUACUAGAAGAUGGUAAAGAGAUAGCGGUUAAAAGACUUUCGAGAUCAUCUGGACAAGGGUUAGUAGAAUUCAUGAAUGAAGUAUUAGUGAUUUCUAAGCUUCAACAUCGCAAUCUUGUAAGGCUUUUAGGCUGUUGUAUCGAAAGAAAUGAAAAGAUGUUGAUGUAUGAGUUCAUGUCAAAUGGAAGUUUAGAUGCAUAUAUUUUCGAUCCUUCAAGAAAUAAACUCUUGGAUUGGGAGAAACGAUUCGGCAUAAUUGAAGGAAUCGCUCGUGGACUACUCUACCUACAUAGAGAUUCCAGGCUAAAAAUCAUACAUAGAGAUUUGAAGGCAAGUAAUAUCUUACUAGAUGAGGAAAUGAAUCCAAAAAUAUCGGACUUUGGUAUGGCCAGAAUCUUUGGAGUGAGUGAAGAUCAUGCCAACACACAAAGGAUUGUCGGAACAUACGGUUAUAUGGCUCCAGAAUAUGCAAUGCAAGGAGUAUUUUCAGAUAAAUCAGACGUGUUCAGCUUUGGAGUUUUGCUGAUAGAGAUUGUUUGUGGAAGACGAAACUCAAGCUUUUAUGAACAUGAAAAUUCUCUGACUCUCUUAGGAUUUGCAUGGACUCAAUGGAGGGAAGGCAAUAUUUUAUGUUUAAUAGAACCAGAAAUUUAUGAUGAUAAUCAUCAUAAGGAUAUUUUGAGGUGCAUACAUAUAGGACUUUUAUGUGUACAAGAAUCCGCUGUUGACAGGCCUACCAUGGCGACAGUGAUUUCUAUGCUUAACAGUGAAAUAAUGGAACUUCCUCCUGCAAGACAACCUGCAUUCUUACUGAUGCAGAAUAUGAUGAAUACAGUGUGUUCUGAGGAAAGAAAUGAAGUGUACUCAAAUAAUGCUGUGACUGUUACAGAUCUUCAUGGAAGAUAGAACAUUGAAGCUUUGUGUAAAAGACUCAUUGCCAAUUAUUGAACUUUGUAUAUUCAUAUUUUUUUGAUCAAGUCUAGAACUUUGUA